AUGGAACUGCUGAAGAAGAUCGAGCGGUCCAAAGGGAUCAAGUGCCCCGACGAGGACCCGAGCAAGCAGUCAGACGAGCUCAAGCCCGUGUCGCCCGACGUGAAGCAGCUCAUUCGGCGCCUGCUGACGCGUGAGCCGAUCGAGCGCUGUAGCUUCGAGGAGUUCUUUGGGAGUACGGCGCUCGCGAAGUCGAGAUUCCCGCGGCCGUCAAAGACGCGCUCGACUUCGUCCGAGGAGCCCGCCCAGCCCGCGUCCACAGCUGAGGCGGAGGUGUUAGAUCCCAAGGUCGUCUUACCUCCCAGCAAAUUAAACUUCAAGCGGCAAGAGAACAACGAUGGUCAAAGGUGA